GAACUGUCAUGGCGCCUUCAAGAAGAGAGGGAAAGCCGGCCUUUCGCCUAGCAGAAUCAUCGGAGGCACCUGGACUGGACGGAGGGGUGGACAGAGAGACCACCCCCAGUUGAGAUCCAACACACCGAAGCCUCCAAGAGGUCUCGGCCGGACACGGUGAAGAGGAGGAGACCGUGUUGAAGACUGCCUGCGAGCGACCGUCUCCCCAGGGCACCGCCCAUCGUGACCGCCUUAUCCAAUGGAAACCCAACGGCAGUGCGGCACCGCCCAUCUGUUGGUCGGGACGCCGCGAGGGCGGGGCCCACAGUUCGGUUGCGCUGCGGAGCGCAGCUGUGAGGGAGUCUCUCUGGUCCGCGGCCCCGAAUCCGAGCUGGAGCUGAAGCACAGGCUGCGGGGAGCGGAGUCGGGAGGCCUGAGUGUUCGUUCCAGCAUGUCGGAAGGGGAGUCCCAGACAGUAGUCAGCAGUGGCUCAGACCCCAAGGUAGAAUCCUCAUCAUCAGCUCCUGGCCUGACGUCAGUGUCACCUCCUGUGACCUCCACAACCUCAGCUGCUUCCCCAGAGGAAGAAGAAGAAAGUGAAGAUGAGUCUGAGAUCUUGGAAGAGUCACCAUGUGGACGCUGGCAGAAGAGGCGAGAAGAGGUGAAUCAGCGGAAUGUACCAGGUAUUGACAGUGCAUACCUGGCCAUGGAUACAGAGGAGGGUGUAGAGGUUGUGUGGAAUGAGGUCCAGUUCUCUGAGCGCAAGAACUACAAGCUGCAGGAGGAAAAGGUCCGUGCCGUGUUUGAUAAUCUGAUUCAGUUGGAACAUCUCAACAUUGUUAAGUUUCACAAGUAUUGGGCUGACAUUAAAGAGAACAAGGCCAGGGUCAUUUUUAUCACAGAAUACAUGUCAUCUGGGAGUCUUAAGCAAUUUCUGAAGAAGACCAAAAAGAACCACAAGACUAUGAAUGAAAAGGCUUGGAAACGCUGGUGCACGCAAAUCCUCUCUGCCCUUAGCUACCUGCACUCCUGUGACCCCCCCAUCAUCCAUGGGAACCUGACCUGUGACACCAUCUUCAUCCAGCACAACGGACUCAUCAAGAUUGGCUCUGUCUUUCAUAGGAUUUUUGCUAAUGUGGCUCCUGACACUAUCAACAAUCAUGUGAAGACUUGUCGGGAAGAACAGAAGAAUCUACACUUCUUUGCACCAGAGUACGGAGAAGUCACUAAUGUGACAACGGCAGUAGACAUCUACUCCUUUGGCAUGUGUGCACUGGAGAUGGCAGUGCUGGAGAUUCAGGGCAAUGGAGAGUCCUCAUACGUGCCACAAGAAGCUAUCAGCAGUGCCAUCCAGCUUCUAGAAGACCCAUUACAGAGGGAGUUCAUUCAAAAGUGCCUGCAUUCUGAGCCUGCUCGCAGACCAACAGCCAGAGAACUUCUGUUCCACCCAGCACUGUUUGAAGUGCCCUCGCUCAAACUCCUUGCUGCCCACUGCAUUGUGGGACACCAGCACAUGAUCCCAGAGAAUGCUCUGGAGGAGAUCACCAAAAACAUGGAUACCAGUGCUGUACUGGCUGAAAUCCCUGCAGGACCAGGAAGAGAACCAGUUCAGACUUUGUACUCUCAGUCACCAGCUCUGGAAUUGGAUAAAUUCCUUGAAGAUGUCAGGAAUGGGAUCUACCCUCUGACAGCCUUUGGGCUACCUAGGCCCCAGCAGCCACAGCAGGAGGAGGUGACAUCACCUGUUGUGCCCCCCUCUGUCAAGACUCCAACACCUGAACCAGCUGAGGUGGAGACCCGCAAGGUGGUGCUGAUGCAGUGCAACAUCGAGUCAGUGGAGGAGGGAGUCAAACACCAUCUGACGCUUCUUCUGAAGCUGGAGGACAAACUCAACCGGCACCUGAGCUGUGACCUGAUGCCAAAUGAGAACAUCCCUGAGUUGGCAGCUGAGCUGGUGCAGCUGGGCUUCAUUAGCGAGGCUGACCAGAGCCGACUGACUUCUCUGCUAGAGGAGACCCUGAACAAGUUCAAUUUUGCCAGGAACAGCACCCUCAACUCAGCCGCUGUCACCGUCUCCUCUUAGAGCUCACUCGGGCCAGGCCCCUGAUCAGAGCUGUGGCCGUCGCUAGAUGUGCAACAGCCUUUCUGCCCCUUCCCCCCAGUCAGUAUUACCCUGUGAAGCCCCUUCUCUCCUUUAUUAUUCAGGAGGGCUUUGGGGCUCCCUGGUUCUGAGCAUCACCCUCCCCCUUCCCCCCUCUUCCUCCCCUCUGCACUUUGUUUACUUGUUUUGCACAGACGUGGGCCUGGGCCUUCUCAGCAGCCGCCUUCUAGUUGGGGGCUAGUAGCUGAUCUGCCGGCUCCCGCCCAGCCUGUGUGGAAGGAGGCCCACGGGCACUGGGGGAGCUGAAUUCUACAAUCCCGCUGGGGCGGACGGGGCGGGAGAGAAGGGUGGUGCUGCAGUGGUGGCCCUGGGGGGCCAUUCGAUUCGCCUCAGUUGCUGCUGUAAUAAAAGUCUACUUUUUGCUACAA